AUGAAUUCUAAUAAUAAGGUUGAUUGUGAAUAUCCAGAACAUUAUAUGCUUGAUAUUGAGGAGGUAUUUAUUAAUAUUAUAUUCAGAAGAAACCAGUAUAGUAAUAGAAUUUUAUGCCUUUUCUACCUUAUGGAGUAAUCUCCAAUCUUGAGAACCAAGUAAAGCGAGUAAGAAGUUCAGCUGAAAUAAAAUAAGAGGAUAGAUAAAUGAUUAAGAAUGAUUCAUAGGCUUCUUUAAAAGAUGAUGUGUUGUGUUUACAAAAUAUAAAAGGAAAUGUGAAAAAUGCAUAUAUAAAGAAAAUAAGUUCUCUUCUCAAUGUAAAUAUGGAAGACGAUAAAGAAAAAUUGCUCUCUUCAAAAAGAGUAAAAGAUAAUGUUUCUUCGAACUCAUCUAAAUAGUUUGAGAAUGAAGACUUAAAGAUGCAAAAAAAUAGGGAAAGUGCAAGAAAUUCGAGAUAAAGAAAGAAAUUAUAUAUUGGUUUAUUGGAGAAGAAAGUUGAGGAUUUGAAUGGAUAAAUAGAGGGACUUCGAUAAUAAACAGAGAUAACAUUCAAGCAUAUUCACAAUAUAAUUGAACAUAAUGCAUGUUUUAAAGGAAUGAUCAUAGAACAAGCACAAAUAUUUGAUUAAUUACAAAGCAAAGAUCCAGAGACUACAGAAGGAUAAGAGAUAUAAGCAUUGCUCACAGACUCUUACAAAUUAAAAUUUAGUGCCACAGGUUCAAAAAGAAAGCAAUAUAUUAGAUAUUGCUUUUAAAAUGUAGCCAGAAUAUUAAUGGAUGGUAAUUAUGGAACUCUGCUAUUUGGAAGUAAUUGUCUCCCAAAAAAUUGUAUAAUUUUUAAAAGAUUAAUUCAGUUCAACUACUUGAAGAUGAAGAGUUGCAUGAAUAUGUUAAACAAUUCAAAGAAAUUACUGGAUGUAGCGAAGAAAAAAUGUAACACACGAUAACCCAUAUUGUGAGGAGAAUUCUAGAACAUAAGCGCUCUUUUUCAUAGUAUAAUGGAUUAUAUAAUUUUAGUUUAAUUAAAUAAAUGAAAUGCAAAUCCAAAGAUCUUAGAAUCUGUUAACAAUAAUUAGAUGAUUAAAUAGAUGAAAUGACAGCUUAAAUGACUCCUCAAUAAUUUACAUCACUCCUUAUCAAUCUCAAUAAAGUAUUAUAUCUAAAAUAAAUUUUAGGAUGAAAUAAAAGUCAAAGACAACUAUUUAACUACUAAACCAGACAUCUAAGUCUAAUAGUUAUAAUAACAAUAAUAAUAAUAGUAACUUCUGAACCAAUACAAGUUCUUACCAUAAAUUUCUCUUGAGUUAUUACUUAAUAAUAAGAAUACACCAUUCCUACUACCUAAUAACCUAAUGAUAGACCCACUGUAAUUCAAUGAUUUAAUUUAAAAGAAGCUUUGUAAAUAACCAUGA